AUGUAUGGCGCCGCUGUGCAGCUGAGCUGGUUUUUGACGAACUACAACUACACGCGGCUGUUCGUGGAGUUUGUGUGCGAGGCGCUGCCGCAGUGCGUCCUGCAGUCGUACAUAAUCGGGCGCCUCAUCAGCGCGGACGCGGCCACGAAGAUGGACCAGACCACCAUUGGGAUCAGCCUGUCGGUGUCCACCCUCAAUGUCAUCAAGUACGGCUGGAAGCUGCGCAAGGCCGCCAAUGAGGCGGGGAUGGCUCUCUGGGAGUAUUCAAAGUAUGUCAUCCUGCUCAAAGGAAACUACGAGGUGGCCCCCACAGUGCUGCAGCGCGCCAUCACCGACUGCUGCACCCUUGAAGGCUCCACGCUGCACGUCAACGGCUUCGUGCUGCGGGAGACGACGGUGCGGCUGGGGCCGGCCCAGCAGGCGUUCAUCCUGCUUAAGAGCUUCAAGCGCUUCAGGGGCCGCCACGUCACCACGCUGGCCGUGUCGGGCUGCCCGCUGCCUUGCAUCAACCGGAUCAUCCAGCGGGGCGUCAGGACGUUCCCUGAUCUGGAGGAGCUGGACAUCCAGGAGUGCGCGUUCAGGGGCAACACCUUCAAGACACAGGUGCUGCAGGCUCUGGAGGCCCACCCCCGCGUGUCGCGCCUGAAGCUGGAGGCCCUGUCAAAGGCUUUCAAGCCAAAAUACGGCCUCGAGAGCCUCGCCAUCUGCGUCCCAUGGUGGGACGCGGCAAUGAUGGCGGCCGCCGCGCGGCGGUUGGUCGACCCGGCCAGCCGGCUGGCGACGUUGGCUGUCGAGUUCCCCCAGGCUGGGGGUCGCCGUAGGGGCAGCGUGGCGGAGGUGGCGUUUCUGGGCAAGCGCGGCAGCCCGUCGCUGACGUCACUGCACCUGCACAACCACUCGUUCGACGAGGUGGCGGCCAGCGCGCUCGCGCGCGCUCUGGCGGGCAACGGGCGGCUGCGGGCGCUGAGCCUGCGGGGCAGCACGGUCGGCGACCAGGGCGCCUUUGAGCUGGCCCGGGCCCUGCGCUCCAACUCGACCCUCCGCGCCCUCGCCCUCCGCGCCUGCGCGCUCCACGACGGCGGCGCGUCCGCCGCCUGCGCCGCCCUGGGCGAGGCGCCGGCCCUCGCCUCCCUCGACCUGUCAGACAACGCCGGCGCGGGCUGGGCGCCGCUGCCGCAGCUCGCAACGGGGCUGCGGCGGGGCGCGGGGGCGGGGGCGCUGGAGAGCCUGAAGCUGGAGGGCUGGGUCGACGCGUUCCAAGAGGUUGACGAGCUGCCCGACCUGGGCGCCGCGCUGGGCGGGUCCCCCCGCCUCCGCGCCCUCAGCCUCGCCGCCUGCGAGCUCUCGCCCGCCGCGCUGGCCGCGCUGGCGCCGGGGCUGGCGGCGAGCGGCAGCCUGCAGGUGCUCGACCUGAGCCUCGGGCAGGGCAGCCAAAUGAUGCGCCAGCGGCUGGAGGUGCGGUGGGACGCCGCGGGCGCGGUGCGGCAAGCGGCCGGGCUGCAGCGCGGGGACGGUGGCUGCGCAGAUGGCGGCUGCGGCGGCGACGAGGCCGUCGGCAAAGGGGAUGAGAAUGUAGGCGGGAGCGGCCGCGGCAGUGGGGGCUUCCGAGGAUUGGCAUCGGAGCGGCGAGAGUUCGAAGAGCGACGGCGGCGCCCGCCGCGCGGCGCCGACUCGUCCGACGGCGCCGGCGACGGUUCCGGCGUGCGGGCGCUCUGCGCGUCGCUCCGCGCUCGCGCCAGCGGCCUGCGGGUGCUGCGGCUGCGCGGCCACGCGGUGACGGGCGCAGCGGCGGCCGCGCUCGCGGGGUGGCUGGCGGGUGACGGGUGCCGCUUGGAGGAGCUGGACCUGGGUAACUGCGGCCUGACAGACGAGCAGCUGGCGUGGGCGUGA